CGGGGCUCGCCGCUUUGCGCGCCAGAAUUCGGAGAGCGGAGCCCGGCUCCCGCCAGCGCCCGGCCCGGCCCGGCCCGGCCCCACCAUGUGCGCCGCGGUGCCCGGCUACUCGCCCGGCUUCAAAAGGCCGCCGGAGACGCUGCGGCUGAAGCGGAAAAGGGCCCGGAGGAGCGAGGCCGCCUCCCGCCUUGCCCCCAGGCGGACCCGGCCGCCGCCCCGCGCCCUUUCCCCAGACCGGGGCGGCGCAAUCCCUUCUCCAGCCUGGACAACGCGCCGCGCCCCGGCACCGCCGUACACCGCCCGCCGGACACCCCCGAGCUGCAGGAGCAGCGGCCCCCGCCGGGGAGCCAGGCCCCCAGACCACCCCCUCUGGCAGUUUUUAGAUCCUCUUCAAGAAAAUAAAUCCACCUGGAAAGAAGAGUGUUCUGAAAGAGCAGAUACCACAUUAACCAAUGAUCUUCAUUUACCUGUUUCCACACCUGAUGUUUCCUCCUCACCAAGCACAGAAUUUCCUGCAGACUGGAGUAUUAAAACUCGACUUCUAUUCACUUCUUCCCAACCUUUUACUUGGGCAGAGCAUUUAAAGGCACAAGAAGAGGCUCAAGGAUUUGCCCAGCACUGUAGAGCAACAUCAAUCAAUUUCCCACAAAGCAUACAGGAACCAAAGCUGUCCACGGAACUCCGCUGUGCAUUCCAGCAAAGUCUUAUUUAUUGGCUUCACCCUUCACUGCCAUGGCUACAGCUAUUCCCUCGUAUUGGAGCAGAUAGGAAAAUAGCUGGAAAGACUAGUCUUUGGUCACAUGAUGAAACACUGCAACAGGUUCUAAUGAGUGAGUGGUCUGUCAGUUUUACUUCCCUAUAUAAUCUUCUCAAAGCCAAGCUGUGUCCCUAUUUUUAUGUUUGUACCUACCAAUUUACUGUGCUGUUUCGUGCAGCAGGCCUUGCAGGAAGUGAUGUUAUCACAGCUGUUAUUUCCCCCACAACCAGGGGUUUAAGGGAAGCCAUGAGAAAUGAAGGCAUAGAAUUUUCUUUACCUUUGGUAGAAGAAACUAGGAGCAAGACACAGAAAAACUCCGAAACAAACUUGGAUACAGAAGUGAACAGUCCUGAAACAGGCAAAAACACUGAAGAUGGAGAGGAACAAGGAGUGAGUGACGAUGAAAGUUUCUCUUGGCUUGAGGAGAUGGGAGUCCAAGACAAGAUUAAAAAGCCAGAUGCAAUUUCUAUCAAACUCCGUAAAGAGAAAAAUGAAGUGCAAGUGGAUCACAAGCCUGAAUCUGUUGCAUUAGUGAAAGGAACAAACACAUUCAUGUUGCUGAACUUCUUGAUAAACUGUAAGAGUUUAGUAGCUGCUGCAGGCCCUCAAGCAGGACUCCCACCAACACUGCUGUCCCCAGUUGCUUUUCGAGGUGCAACAAUGCAAAUGCUCAAGGCUCGAAGCAUCAAUGUGAAAACACCGGUUCACUCAUGUUAUAAUGAUAUAUUUAGCUUGGAGAUCACGGGUCCUGUCAUGCCUCAUUGUCUGCAUACUUUGACCAUGCUGCUCAAAUCUGCACAGAGGGGAGCUUUUUCUGCUGUAUUAUACACCCAUGAGCCAACAGCAGUGUUUAACACUAACACAGAGAGAAUCUUAAAUAAGGAAACUAUGUGGAAGGACCUCACUAAGUGUGGAUUGCAUCUUAAAACGUUGGAUCAAUUGAUUCAACUUCCAACAUUAGGAAAGUCUUCUAUACGACUCCUAGAAAUGAGAGACUAUGCUUACAUCUGGAAAUCCUAAGUAUGCUAUUUUAAUUCAUGAAAUGAGAUUAGUGGUAUUUGGUCAACACUCUACAGAUGCUAUCGUGUACCAGGAAGGGAGAAUUGCCUACUUGCAAAAGCUUUUGGACGUAGUGGGUAAGAACUUCUGUUGCACACAUCCUUGCUCAUAAGGCAACUUUCAGUGGAAAAACAAAUAUUCUGAAUAGUCCAGCAAGAACACUGCCCCUCUCAAAACCUGCAACAGCUGCAUUUGUCUUUUAAUGUUUUUAAAUAAAAAUUUUAAACACAGUAA